AUGUUAUCGUUUAUUUUAUUUGCUUUCAUUCUGGGUUCUACGAAGGCGGAAGUAUGUUAUCAAAUCGACACGGUUAACAAUUGUGUUAAAGAUGGGACAACUCCUUGUUCAAACGUAGUGACAAUCGAAACAACAGCACCAAAUAAAAUAUGCGAAAAUGGGUUUAAAAAUAAUCAGGAAAUAACCAGUAUAAUUUAUCAAGGAACUAAUAUGUUGACUAUCAAAGCAUCUGCAUUUGAAGGCGCUACAAAACUCACUUCAAUAAGUGCAAAUAAUGGAAUUGAAGAUUUGGAAAUAUCAGCAUUUAAAGAAUGCACUUCUUUGACAACAAUAGAUCUGAGUCACGUUAUUAUUAUACCAGCAAGUUGUUUUGAAGGAUGUACUUCACUUAAAACAGUGACUUCAAUGGAAAAUGUUCAAUAUUUCAACAACUUCGCUUUUUUCGACAGUGGUUUGGAAUCUUUGUCUUUUGGAGAAAACGUUAAAAAGAUUGGUAAUUAUGUGUUUAAAAACACCAAACUGGAAAGUGUUAAUCUUCCAAAAAGUAAUCCAUCUGAUGGGUUUGGUACGAAUGUUUUCGAAAACUGUGCAAAUUUAACAACUGUAGAUUUUAAAGGAGUUACUAUAGUACCAGAAUACACAUUUAGUGGAUGUGUUAAGCUCACAACAUUAACUAAUAUUGAUAAAGUGACUCACUUCAAAGAAAAAAGUUUUUACAUUUCGAAAUUAUCUUCUAUCACUUUUGGUUCAAGUGUGGCUGAAUUGGGUUCUGAUGCAUUUUCAUUGACUCAGUUGUCUUCAGUAACUUUGCCAGAUCAAAUUGAGUCGUUUGGAAUUGGAGUAUUUGAAACAUGUAUAUCAUUAAAGGAAGUAACUAUUAAUAAAAAUUUGAACAUUCCAAAUAGAACAUUUUUUGGUGAUACAUUUUUGGUUACAGUGAAUGGAUUUGAUAAAAUCACAUCUUUUGGUUCUGAGUCGUUUAGACAUGUUGGAUUGAAAGAAAUUAGAUUCGGAAAUGCAGUGACUAAAUUGGCUGGAAAUGCAUUUGCUCAAACAAAACUUGAGAAAAUUACUUUUGGUAAUGAACAAAUAGAUGAUUUUGAACCUGGAGCUUUCCAAGAUAUGGUUUCGCUUACUACUGUUACUUUAAAAGGAACAACAAAAAUUCCAGAUAACACUUUCAAAGGAUGCACUUUACUCGAACACAUCAGUGACUUUAGUGUUAUCACUUCAUUUGGACAAUUUUCAUUUGAAAAAACAAAAAUAUCUUUAAUACUUUUUGGUGAUGAUGUGACUCAAAUCAAAGAUGGUGCAUUUAAAGAAAUAACUUCAAAAAUGGUCACUUUACCUUCUUCGACUAUUACCGAUUUCGGAAAAGGCGUUUUUGAAAAUGCCGUCUCUCUUCAUACAGUAGACCUUGGUGGUACUAUAUCAAUUCCUGAAUCAACAUUCAAAGGCUGCACAUCACUUGAAGUGGUCAUGAGUUUCGAUAAAAUUAAAGAAUUUGGAAUUGCUUCUUUUGAACAAACAAGAAUUCCAACAAUAACUUUUGGCAAUUCAAUAACCAAAUUGGGAAAUGGAGCUUUUAAAUCUGUCAAGUCGACUGCAAUGACUUUCCCCUCAACUCAAAUUCUUGAGUUUGGAACAAAUGUAUUUGAAAAUGCAAAUGAACUUAAAGAUGUCGAUCUCAAUGGACAAUUAGCAAUUGCAGACUUUACAUUUAAAGGGUGUUCAUCAAUAAAAGAUAUUAAAAAUAUCGACAAAGUUGAAACAAUAGGAAUAUCCUCGUUUGAAAGUACCGGACUUACAAAUGUUUAUUUUUCAACUGCUCUUAAAAAACUUGGUGAUGGUGCUUUUAAGAAUACAAGACUCACUGAAUUGACACUACCUAAUAUCGAAAUUUUGGAACUUGGAGAAGGUGUUUUUGCUAAUGUAACAACUUUUAAAAAGGCCAUAUUAGGAGGCACAACCAAAAUACCAAAGGACACUUUUAAAGGAUGUAUUCUUUUAAAUGAAGUGGAUGGAUUCGAAAAGGUAACUUAUUAUGGAGAUAACUGUUUUGAGAGUGCUGUAAUUCAAAAUGUCACUUUUGCUGAAAACGUAGAUAAACUUGGAUCCAAUGCAUUUGAAGGAAAUUCAAUGACACACAUUCAGUUGCCGCAUAAACCCAUUAAAGAUUUUGGAGAAAAUGUAUUUAAAAACUGCCUUAAUUUGGUAUCAAUUGAUUUUGGAGGAAAUACUGUCAUACCACCUGGAACCUUAAAAAGGUGUGAUGUAUUAACAUUGGUGUCGGGGACCGAAAAUGUCAAAUUGAUUGGAAAAGACGCUUUUAAACAAACCAAUAAAUUACAGUCGCUUAAUUUAUAUGGAAAAUUGGAGACUUUAUUAGACCCGUUGGAAUCACAAAGUAACUUGUUUUAUCAUGGAAAUGAGGUGCCAAAAACACUGCCAAGUGAUCCAUUAUUAAAGGCGGAUUUAAGAAUUUUUGUGACUGAAAAGUUCAAAGCCAAUAAAUUUGGAGAUAAUGUUGUGAUGAAAUUGAACUGCUCAAUAACACAAUUUAUUGAUGUCUCAGAACCAAACCCAAUGUGUAAAAACUGUGAAGAAAUGAAAGCUACAUUGGAUGGAGAUAAUUACUAUUGCGACUUGGAUAUGACUGAAUGUCUCUCAACUCAUCAAAAGUGUCAAAUUUGUAUUGAAGGAAAGUGUCAAAAAUGCGAAGAAAAGUUGUUUGUUGACACAGUUAAAGAUGUUUGUGUUUCUGAAUGUCCUAAUGGGUAUUAUGAUGGAACUGUUAUUUGCGAGAAAUGUAAAGAACACUAUGAAAAGCCAUGUAAAGACGAAGAAUGCGAAAAGUGUACAGGUGGUGUUGGAGGCAUAGUUAUUGCAGCACUUGUUGCAAUUUUAUUAUUUAUGUUCUAA